AAAGAAAAUAAAAAGGUACGUAGGAAUCUACGAAAUUUAAUACGAUCGAUUCAAAUCGUAUGUUAUCAAAAGUACUCAAAAAAAAAAAGACGGAGCUGGCAAAAAGAGGAACAAAAGAAUAAAAAGAGAUGCCGGAAUCUACGAAACUUAAUACGAUCGAUCCAAAUAGUAUAAGUUAUCAAAAGCGGUCGAACAAACAACAAAAAGAACCUGGAGCAUAGUUUUAAAAACAAAAAGGUAUAAAAAAAAAACAAAGAAAUUAGCGAAAUAAAAAAUAACACAAAAAACUUUUUUCCCCCACGUAAAAAGAGGCACGUAGGAAUAAAAUCGAUGUAGGUCAGUGGAGAAGGAAAAGGGAGAAAAGAAUCUCGAAUCGAGAUCGUUCGAAGUAAUAGCGAAGAUAGCGAGGAGCAUUUGCGUUGUGUUGCGUUGAAGGGAGUCCCGGAAGAAGAAGAGAAGGAAGAAGAAGAAGAAGAAGAAAAAGAAGAAGAAGAAGAAGAAGAAGAAGAAGAAGAGGAGGAGGAGGAGGAGGAGAAAAAAGGAACGAGAAAAAGGAGCAAGAAGAAAAAGAAGAGAAAGAGAAGGAGGAGGAACAAGAAGAAGAAGAAGAAGAAAAAGAGGAAGAAGAAGAAGGAGGAAAGAAGUCGCCUCGGAGUCUCGACAAUUCGCCUGUACACAUACACCUCAUGCAGUAGGAAGAAUAAGAAGGACGGUGUACCGUGAGGAAGGAAGGAAUGAGUGUGUGAGGGAGUGAGCGAGCGAGCGAGCGAGCGAGCGGGUGAGGUUAGGGGGCAAGAGAAGGAGAAAAGGAGGAUGAGGAGGUGAUGGAGGUGGAGGAGGAGGGUGUCGCGGAAGGGUGAGUGGGGGAGUACAGUUGGUGGCAAAAGUUGACUGCAUUGAAUGUGUGACAUAGGACCGGCUAAAGCACAGAGAGGGCAUACGGCAAUGCCUAGUAUCUCGUGCAGCUACAGCCGGACGGCUUGAUGUCGAGGCAUGACCCAUCACUACCAUUACCACCGUCAUCGUCAUCGUCAUCGUCAUCGUCAUCGUCAUCAUCGUCGUCAUCAUCGUCAUCAUCAUCAACACCGCCACCACCACCAUCACCACUACCACCACCACCACCACCACUACCACCACCACCACCACCAUCACUGGAUGGAGGAUUGAAGAUUCACGGGAAGUCGCGAAAUGGCGCUUUCCACGAAUAGGAAGAACGUCUUCAGAUCAGACGUCGAGGUUUCGUCCUCCUCCAGAGGUUUCGAUAAAGUUGUCGUUAAACAAGAACGCCCAGAUGAAGCGGAGAUCCGAGAAUUGGCUGCCAAAAUGGUGGAAGCGAACAAGGCGAAAAUGGUCUCGGCGGCGGCGGCGGCAGGAGGAGGAGGAGGGGGUGGAGGUGGAGGUGGAGGAGGAUCAGCACAGCAAAGAGGAGCCGCCAGUCAGUGUUUAUCUUCGUCGCAGGCUAAUCUUCCUGGAAUCCUUGGAUAUUUAAACAAGCGUCCGGCCGAUUCGACUGUGGCGAAAACGACAGGAUCGACGGCGACGGGAGAGGGUAAAACUCCAUUGGACGAUGAAAGUCAAAGGGGUAGAUUCGGAUGGACGAGUUUCGACGAGUGUCACAUACCUUACAUAUUCCGUGCCGGUGAAAAAUAUUGCGCGGUACGAAUCCUAGAGUCUAAGCUGUUGAACAAGUACCUGAGUUACCUGCACUCGGAUAUCUAUAGCUGUACGUGCAUAAGAAGUUACUAUAUUACGGAUGCCGAGAGUAAGCUUUUCAACGAGAUUAAUAUCAAGCAUUGCGAUAAUCAAUUUGGAAGGGAUCAGUUUACGUGCAAGGAUCUCGUAGUGAGGUUAUCCGACGCUAAAGAAUUCUAUACGUUUUUGGAUGUGUGUUAUACAAAGUUAACGGCUGGCGCGAAUCCGAACGUAACGAGCAGGCACAAGGCCGACAAGUGUGGUUUCAUACGGAUAAAUAAGGAAUCUGUGGUACCUUAUACGGUGAAGGACGGUCUCCAAUACGUACCCCUAUUUUAUUUCGAGGGCGAAACGGAGAAUUUGAAGUUGAAGGCGGAGAAACUCGAAGGUUGGGACCUUUCGUAUUUGAAGUUUUGUUGCAAGGUACAGGGUAUAAGAAACGAACUCUUUGCAAGUGAGACAUGCUCCGUGAUCAGUUUGAGUGAUAUUAAAAGUUACUUUCCCCCUGAUACGGGGUUCGAAGAUUAUUGGCCGAACAAAGUGAUGGACUCUCAGUUGUUAGUGAGUAGCAAGGGUGGUGGGGGCGGUGGUGGAUGGACCAGACAACCGCCCACGCCACCGGUGUCGAAGACAACAUCCGUACAAAAUAAUACGAGUAAGGCGAGCCUUAAUACGCGUACGGGCCCUUUACAGACGAUAUUACCACGUGGAUCUAGUGCGACGAGUGCCGCUCAAACGCAGCGAGUUAGUCAGUCGAGGCAAACCGCUGCUACGACGCAUCCCGCUCAUUCCUCGCCAUCCUCGCUUC